AUGGCUCCCUGCUUAACUAACUUAUCCUCUUUCCACCAUCUGAAGUUUGAAGAAAAAUACAUUAAGGUAUGUGUUAGGUUCAAUCAAUGUAUGAGUGUGUAUAAAGUAUAAAAUGUGUAUUUUCAUGUAUAUUGUGGCUUUUUUAAGUAUUUGACUGAAUUUCUUGGUGUCAUAUAUUAGAACUGUCGACUAAUCAAAUGUUCUCUGCCUCCUCAGAUAAGGAAACCCAUUGUGGAGAAGAUGCGUCGAGAUCGCAUUAACGGCUGCAUCGAGCAGCUCAAGCUCAUCCUGGAGAAGGAGUUCCACAAAGAGGACCCCAACACCAAGCUGGAGAAAGCCGACAUCCUGGAGAUGACCGUGAGAUUCCUGAGGCAACAGCUGCAGCCGCAGCCGGCUCCAUCUCAGAGUGACUACAGCGAGGGUUACUCACAUUGCUGGAGGGAGUCUCUGCAGUUCCUGUCUGGAAGCCCCAUGAGAGACACCACCACCACCUCCGCUGGACCUCUUCAGGGGCUCCAACAGCAGCUCUCCUCCCAGGCACAGAGAUCCUGCAGCAGCCCGAUGGUCCGCUCCACUUCCCCAGUCUCCUCCAUCUUCCGUCCGACCGCCACGCUCCAGGACACAGGAGUUAAAGGUCCAGUCUGGAGGCCCUGGUAG